AUGGCACUUGAGCCCCAAGACCUUGAAAGGAAUCAGAGGCUUGAAAAGGUGGAGUCCUGGAAAGGGGAUCAGAGCCCAUACACCCUAGUGCAGAACGUCCCAAGAACGCCAGGACAUCCCAAGAUCAAAAUGUCUCAGAAGAUGUGGGUCGGGCUGAUGCUGAUGGCAACAAUGGGAGUGGCUAUGCAGGGGAGUGAGAUGCCAGGCCUAGUAAUCAAGAUCACCCAGAAAGGCCUAAAUUAUGUUUCAAAGAAAGAAGGAAUCUUACUACAUAAGGAGCUGAUGAAGAUCUGUAUUCCAAAUAUUGAAGGAGACUCCAAAUCCCCACAUCAGGGGAUAGGGCAUUAUCAAUUGAUCAAUAUGAGCAUCAGUAAGUUCCAGAUGCCAAAUAUGCAUGUUCGUCUGGUACCUAACGUUGGCCUUAAGCUGUCCAUCCAGAAAGGCUUGGUCACCAUCAGUGGAAAGUGGAAAGACCAUAAGUACGACAAGAAAAGUCAUAUCCCUUUUGUCCUGAAGAUCAAUGUGUUCAUCACAGCCAUGUUUUAUCUAGGAAAGAACAAUAAAAACCAGCUUACUGUCUCCACCAACCAGUUCAACAUCCAAACAAAGACUGCUAAAAUAAGCACAACCAAUCAAACUUCACUGAAAAAUCUGUAUAAGAAAGUAAUUGGGCCAAUAUUCCAAAAGGAGAUCAAGCAAAAGAUGUCCUCAAUGAUAAAUAAUUAUACCAUCAACUACCUGCAACCCUACCUCCAGACUAUGCCAGUGAAAGUCUUUGCAGAUGCAAUAGCUGGAAUCAAUUAUUCCUUGGUAGCAGCUCCUAAAGUCACGGCCCAUGGCCUAUAUGUUCCUCUGAAGGGCCAAUUUUUCAGUUUGAUUAAUCAAUCCAAACAUGCCUUUUCACCUUCUGUUAUGGAAAUCCCUGAAGACAAUCACCAGAUGAUUUAUUUUGCAGUUUCACAUUGCUUCUUCAACUCAGCCAAACAAGUUUAUCAAGAUGCUGGAAUAAAAUUCCUCAAAAUGACUGAUAAAAUGGUUCCAAAGGACUCCAAAUUCCCUCUGACAACCAAUGUCUAUGGAACUCUGAUCCCUCAGGUUUCCAAAAUGUUCCCCAACAUGAAAAUGCAGUUCAUCCUUGGCAUGCCUUCUAUAUCAUCUAUCACCAUCACCUCUAAAAAAAGAAUGGGCUUCAUGUGUCCUAUUUCAACCCAUGCCUAUGCUAUUUUCCCUAAUUCUACUCUGGCCCCGCUCUUUCGGAUUAGCCUGAACACAUUCGUAUCCUUCUAUAUGAGAGCAAAGCAUGGUAAAAUUUUGGCACACAUGGAACUGAAAAGGCUCCAAGUGAACUUGAAUUACUCAUAUAUUGGCAAUUUCCAGGUGUCAGUGCUACAUAACCCUCUGACAUAUUACAUGUCCAAAAUAUGGAUCCCUAUGAUUAAUGGGAGGCUGAAGAAAGGUUAUCAUCUUCCUGUCCCAAUUCACUUCCACCCCUACAACUACCACAUCUAUUCAUAUAAGAAUUAUGUGCUGUUUGGUGCAGAUUUUCUCUACUCCUGA